GGUCUGGCUAAGUUGAUGAGGCUGGUCUCAAACUUGUGAUCCUCCUGCCUCAGCCUCCCAAGUCGCUGGGAUUACAAGCAUGCACCACCACACCUGGCUACCUUCUUAAUUCUUGGUCUUCUGCUCUCUGAAGUUAUCUUUUUCUUCAUAGGGACACAUUCUUCCAGCUCUAAAGUACUUAACCUAGCUAUAAAAUCCUCCAACCCUGUCAUGGAACCUGUGGGAUAUAUUAGGAUCUCCAUAUAGACUCCAUCCAGGGACAGAGGCAAGGAUAUCUGCAAGUGUCCCAAGCAAUUCUUGGUUCUGUCCCAAAGGAUGAAACUGUCUCCAGGGGAUGUGGACCUAGGGGACUGAGGAUGAUGAGUUUCUGUGCUUUGAUUUUCCUGUGGUCUCUCUGCUAGUUAGACUAUAAGUCCAGGGGUCCUGCUUUCAGUCCUGCUAGGAGUCAAAGGAAGCUGCACCUGGCAUAAGUUUUACCCCAUGAGGCUGGAAAAUCCACAUGGGCUGGGCAAGACUGCCAGGGAAACCCCUUCCUCCCUCUUCAUGCCUGAGGUGUGGCCAUCAGCCUUGUGCUGUUUGUGCUGGAGGACCGUGAUCCAAUUCAGCACCAGGAGAGGAUACCUGGGACAGUUUCAUCCUUCUGGAAGUAGUAUUGCUAGCCUGAUAGAGAUAGAAUGGGCCCUGCAAUGUCCUCUGGAUCCUCAAUUUAUGCCCUCUGAGCUUCCCUACCCUGUGAUGCUACUCUGGUGGCAGAAAGUGUCCAAAGGGUCACUUUUGCCAGCCAGACUGCUCAUCCUACUCUCAAGCCAGCCGUGGAGUCAUUAUAGCCAUGUUGUGGCCAUGUGAUCUGCUGGGGGAAUGAUAGACAUGGGACCAGGAUGAGGCAGACUGCAGCUUCCUGGUGUUGAGGAGGCCGAGGCUGGUUCUAAUACCAUCGUGACAGAUUCUAACAAUCAUCUUAUUCAUCAGAGAAUCAUCAACCCUUAUGUGGUUUGACUCAUUCCAGGAGAUGCCAGCCAGACCCAAACCGCUUUGACCGUGAUCGACUCUUCAGCGUGGUCACCCGAGGUGCCCCUGAAGACCUGGCUGGGCUACAAGAAUACCUGAACCGGACCAGCAAGUACCUCACUGACUCGGAAUACACAGAGGGCUCCACAGGGAAGACAUGUCUGAUGAAGGCGGUGCUGAACCUUCAGGAUGGAGUCAAUGCCUGCAUCCUUCCAUUGUUGCAAAUCGAUAGAGACUCUGGCAAUCCGCAGCCCCUGGUUAAUGCCCAGUGCACGGAUGAGUACUACCGAGGCCACAGUGCCCUGCAUAUUGCCAUUGAGAAGAGGAGCCUGCAAUGUGUGAAGCUCCUGGUGGAGAAUGGGGCAGAUGUGCAUGCCCGUGCCUGUGGCCACUUCUUCCAGAAGAGACAGGGAACUUGCUUCUAUUUUGGUGAGCUGCCUCUAUCUCUGGCUGCUUGUACUAAGCAAUGGGAUGUGGUGACUUAUCUCCUGGAGAAUCCGCACCAGCGUGCUAGCCUGCAGGCCGCUGACUCCUUGGGGAACACAGCCCUCCAUGCCCUGGUGAUGAUUGCAGACAACUCUAAAGAGAACAGCGCACUGGUGAUCCACAUGUAUGAUGAUCUUCUUCAAGCAGGAGCCCGCCUCUGCCCCACUGUGCAGCUUGAAGACAUUUGCAACUUGGAGGGCCUCACACCCUUGAAGUUGGCUGCCAAGGAGGGUAAAAUUGAGAUUUUCAGGCACAUCCUGCAACGGGAGUUCUCAGGACUGUGCCAGCCCCUUUCUCGAAAGUUCACCGAGUGGUGCUAUGGGCCUGUUCGGGUGUCACUGUAUGACCUGGCCUCUGUGGACAGCUGGGAGGAGAACUCAGUGCUGGAGAUCAUUGCCUUUCACUGCAAAAGCCCGCACCGACACCGCAUGGUGGUUUUGGAACCACUGAACAAACUGCUGCAGGCGAAAUGGGAUAUGCUCAUCCCCCGGUUCUUUUUCAACUUCCUGAGUUACCUGAUCUACAUGUUGGUCUUCACUGCUGUGGCUUACCACCAGCCUGCUCUGGAGAAGCAGGCCUUCCUCCCGCUGAAAGCGACAGGUGGAAACUCGAUGCUGCUUCUGGGCCACAUCUUGAUCCUGCUUGGGGGAAUCUACCUCCUCUUGGGCCAGCUGUGGUACUUCUGGCGCCGACGACUGUUCAUCUGGAUCUCCUUUGUGGACAGUUACUUUGAAAUUCUCUUUCUGCUCCAGGCUCUGCUCACGGUACUGUCCCAGGUGCUGUGUUUCAUGGCCAUCGAGUGGUACCUGCCCCUACUUGUGUCCUCGCUGGUUCUGGGCUGGCUGAACCUGCUUUACUAUACACGUGGCUUCCAGCACACAGGCAUCUACAGCGUCAUGAUCCAGAAGGUCAUCCUGAGGGACCUACUCCGCUUCCUUCUGGUCUACUUGGUCUUCCUUUUCGGCUUUGCUGUAGCCCUGGUGAGCCUAAGCCGCGAGGCCCGGGACUCUGGAACCCCUGCAGGAAACAAUGCCACCGAGGUAGCUCAGCCUGGGACAGAGCAGGAGAAUGAGGCAACACCAUACAGGGGCAUCCUGGAUGCCUCCUUGGAGCUCUUCAAGUUCACCAUUGGCAUGGGCGAGCUGGCUUUCCAGGAACAGCUGCGCUUCCGUGGGGUGGUCCUGCUGCUGCUGCUGGCCUACGUGCUGCUCACCUACGUCCUUCUUCUCAACAUGCUCAUUGCUCUCAUGAGCGAGACCGUCAACAACGUUGCCACGGAUAGCUGGAGCAUUUGGAAGCUGCAGAAAGCCAUCUGUGUCUUGGAGAUGGAGAAUGGCUACUGGUGGUGCAGAAGGAAGAAGCAACGGGCAGGUGUGCUACUGAAAGUUGGCACCAGGCCAGAUGGCACCCCUGAUGAACGCUGGUGCUUCAGGGUGGAGGAAGUGAACUGGGCUUCGUGGGAGCAGACACUCUCCACAGUGCGUGAGGAACCAUCGGAAGGCAAUGCCCCUGGUUCCAUGAAGAACCCCAUUCUGGCUUCCCAACCUGGGGAGGAUCAUGCCUCAAAGGAAGACCAUCUUCCUCUUCAGGUGCUUCAGUCUCACUGAUGGUCCAUAUGCAGGAGGCCAGCAGGAUAGAGUGAAGAAUCUUUCCAGCCACACAUGCUUGCUCUGGGGAUCUUUAAUUUUCUUGGCAAAUAAAUAUAUAUAUAUAUAUAUAUAUUUUUUUUUUUUUUUUCACAACCAACUCUACUGGUUUGAGCAACGUUGCUGGGGACCUUUGGUUUAGUAAUAUCUGCAUGUCUCUUUCUGCCCCUGGAUAUAGGGUUAGACUGAUCCCACUUUUUCUUGGGAUCAGUCUAGCCCAGAAACCCUUAGCUACUCCCUUCUGCCCUCAGUCCUGGGAUUGUCCUCUUCUUUGGGGCAAGCUACUGGCUGAGGUUCUGUGCCUGCUGUCAUGGCAGCCACACACAUCCCCCUUCCUCUACCAGAUACCCAUUAAAUCCACUUCUAAGAUGUCUAA